AUGCGACGUGCUGAAAAACAGCUCAUCAAGUUGACACAAAAACUGCAAUCACAAGCAAUCGAUAAAUACUCUCAUUUGAAUUUGUUGAAGGACGAGGAUGACUUACUGCUGUUUUUCCGCGUUUACACAGCAGUCUUUCUACGUCUGUCGUCCCCACACCCAUCCCUAUCGCACCCGUCCUCUGCAAAUAUUUGGGCUACAACCGUUCUCACCACUAUUGCUGUCGUCUUCUACGUCCUGAUGAUAGUGUUUUGCUGCAUACCGUGCAGCUUAAGUAGUGACAUCAAAUUAACAAGGUUAUUUGAUCCAUACAUCGCCGGCUCACCGCUGGAUGCAGAAUUCGCCUUGCAUUUUUACAAGUAA